AUGAGAAGAGAAGAUAUCACCUACCUGGGCGCCGGCCCAGCUGCCCUCCCCACCGAUGUUCUGGCCAUCGCUGCCGAUGCCCUCCAAAACUACCAGGAUACCGGCCUGGGGGUGGCGGAGCACAGUCACCGCAGCGAGCUGGCGACCAACAUCCUGAACACCAUGAAGGCCGACUUGGCCAGUUUCCUCGAUGUUCCCUCCGACUACGAGAUCCUCCUGAUGCAAGCUGGAGGAUCGGGACAGUUCGAUGCGACCAUCUACAAUGUCAUUUCUAUCUGGGUGGAGAAGCAGCGCCAGAAGAUCGUGAAGGAAAAGGGUGAUCUUAGCGAGGAGGACCUGGUGCGGGAGCUGCGCCAGAAGGUCGAUUCGGAGCUGCGAUUGGACUACCUGGUUACCGGAUCGUGGUCUUCCAAGGCUAGCCAGGAGGCCAUUCGUUUGCUCGGACCGGAGCACGUUAACAUCGCCAGCGAUGCGCGCAAGGUGAACGAUGGCAAGUUUGGCAAGAUCGCUGACGAAUCGACCUGGCAAUUGAGCCCCAAGCCCGCCAUGGUGUACCUGUGCGAGAACGAAACCGUCGACGGUGUCGAAUACCCUAGCUUCCCCAAGAUCCUCGAGCCGAAAGGAACCGAAGAUGACUACUUGGUUGUUGGUGACUUUUCCUCGACUAUUCUCUCCCGCCGCAUACCUAUCAAGAACUUCUCCAUCAUCUUCUUCGGAGCUCAGAAGAAUCUAGGCUGCGCUGGUGUGACCGGCGUUAUCAUUCGCAAAGACCUCCUCCCUCCUACUCUUCCGUCCACCUCCCCGACACUCCUUCGCAAGCUGGGCCUGCCCAUCACGCCGACGGUUCUCGAUUACGCCACCACCGCGAAGAACAACAGCUUGUACAACACUCUGCCUAUUUUCGAUGUUUUCCUUGCUGGCCAAGUACUGAAGAAACUGCUCGACACCUUCCCUGACAAGGUGGACGGCCAACAGGCUGUUGCGCAGAAAAAGGCCGACAUGAUCUAUGCGGCCCUCGACGCUUACCCGAGUGUGUACAAGGUGGUUCCGGACAAGAGCGUGCGCUCGCGGAUGAACGUGUGCUUCCGGGUGAUCAAGGGCGGUAAUGUCGACGACGCGGAGAAGGCAUUCUUGAAGGGCGCUGUCGAACGUGGCCUGACUGGUCUGAAGGGCCACCGGAGUGUUGGAGGCAUCCGGGCCUCCAACUACAACGCCAUCCCUGUGGCCGGCGUUGAAAAGCUGGCUGCGUACUUGAAGGAACCUCAUCUAUUUAUCAGCAUCUGGUGCUCUGUAAUAUUCGGCAUGAUUAGUGAUCUGCCCGAGCCGAGGCAUUUCCCCAUCGGGCAGUCCUCUGUGUUUAUGCCACGACUAUGCCAUGAAUUGGCUUACAAACCAUGCACAAAGGCAGCUCCUAAUAUCAGGAGCAUAUUAAGGUUAUGGCGGGUCGAGACUAGACUGUGGCGAAGACCGAAGAACACCGCUAAGUCCGUCUCCGCCUGCUUAUCAACCUCAACCUCAACCUCUAUCAACAACGCCAGCAAUAUGGACGAAAUAUCGGCACAAGAUUCUACUGUCGGGAUGACUUGGGGUUCUGAUGUGCCUCUACUCCCCUGGGACGAGGUUUAUCGCAAGAUCAUGCUGUCCCCGCAGGCUCGUCCGUCCUUAUCGUAUGAUUCAAAUCUUCUGGCGAAUUCCAACAUCGAUACUGUUCUCUCUGCAUCGUCCUAUCCAUUUCCGGAGCCAUCGGAUUUGGACAGUCUGUCUGAACCACCCUCGCACCAACUGUUUGGUGGGCUGCUUGUCGACCGAGAGCAACGGGGCAAGGGUAGAAGCAUCCAUGUAGUCGAGGACGCGGCCAGUGAAGCGCAGUCGCAGGCCCUGGUAAAGGCUGAUAAAUCAUCAAAACCCUCUUCUACGAAAAAGGAACCCUCCAAGAAACGAGGUCGGCCACGGAAGACAGCAGGAGGCUCUACGACCGAGACGCCCGAUGAGCGACGGCGGAUGCAGAUCCGUCUGGCUCAACGAGCGUAUCGUUCUCGUAAAGAGGCAAACAUUGCAUCGCUCAAAGACCGUGUCGCCACGUUGGAAACGGCAGUUGAGAAAAUGAGCUCUGCGGUGCUUUCAUUCAGCGAAGAGCUUGUCCAAUCGGGAGUUUUGGCGUCACAUCCAGGUCUGACGGGCUCUCUGCGCGACACAGUCCAAACAUGCUUAAGCCUGGCCAAAGAGGCAACCCACGAGAACCCCCAGGAGGACGUGGAAACGUCGCCUCAGAGCGAAGAGUCGAUCCCAUCUGAUACGUACAGUGCGCAGACGAGCAACACACAACCCACAAACUACAUCGACAAUCCACCCACCAUCGAGUCAUUUCCCCUCCUUGACUCCCCGUUCCGCACGCAGCCACCAAAGAUGUCUGAAGCGACCUUUGCCCCCUUGGACAUUGCCGAAAUCGAGGUAUCUGCCUUUAUGGAGCGAUUGCACUUCGCUUGUCUGUAUCAGGGCCUGCUUGCGCUCAGCGACGCAUCAAUUCCCACGAGUCGACUGGAAACUCCCUUCCGCCUUCUCCUGAGCAUGAUGGAUCGAAAACGGAUCCGGGCGUACUUUGAAGCUGCAUUACGCGCAAAAGUCGGUCAGAGACGGUUGGAGGAAUGGAAGGAUGUGCCGUUCUUCAGUCUCGGGGGUGCUGGAACACACUAUCCGCGAUCGAGCCCGUUUCCUGAAUCACCCAUCGACCCUUACCAAGGCUGGAGCCUGGUGCAGGAUCCGUUGGCGCGCCUAUCCCCUGGGUUCAAGGAGGAUCUGGACGGCGAUUGGUUUGAUAUCAGGGAUCUGGAGGGAUAUCUGCGUGAGAAAAGGGUUCGUCUUCGCUCGUCGCCGCCGCCGAGGCGGGAGUCGUCUGCGCAGAGGGUUGUCAAUGUUGUCCGGUUGUUACCAGGUAGGUUGAUCUUCCCUUCGACGCUGAUACGAAUGUACUGA